AUGGGCAAGAUCUCAACAUUCAAAGCGGAUCCCGAGAAUGUCUCCAAACAUGCACGCUCUGGAAAAAUCGGAAAGAAACAGAAAGAGCCAACUGGCGCCAAGGCACGUAUUGCCGAGGAGUUGAAGCUACUCCAAGCACGAGGAAAAGCCAUCUCUCUCACCUCUAAAACUGUCCACAAAGUCAAGAAGACUCCUAUCAAGAAGAUGGCCAGUGUGAAGAAACAAAAGAAGAUGGCAAGAGCCAUGAUGGUUGCUGACAAGGAAGAAAUCAGAAUAGAAAAGGCAGCUGAGAAGGCGGAAAAGCGAAAGGUACGAAAGCAGGUCUGGGAGAAUAUCGAAUAA